AAUAGCAAUAGAGGAGUCAAUCAUUCACAGAGAUGUUAUGACUGUGACUUUAUAUGUAGUACAAGAUGAGGAAGCGUCGGUCUUGUUUACAUCGGUACGAACACAGGACGAUUGAUGGCCGGUCCGGCACACUGACUGCUGAUCUGUAGCUCUCACCACUACUAACCUGUCAGAACUAAGAGAGGGCAGCAGUUGCUUUGUCUUCCAACCUAGAGACAGCAGGACCGGAUCUGGGGGAAAACGACCACGUAUCCAAGCCUCUUCCUUAAUAUGAGGUGCGAGACUGGAGCCUGAGGGUGAUAAACAGGAACAAUAAGAAGAUCGAUCGCAGUAUGGCAGCUCUCUGAGAUGAGCUCUGUCUGAGAUGACGGGGCUUCAGUUCAUCUGAUCGGAAGAUGUUGUUUGUCUGUAGGCAGACUAAGAGAACUGUCGGUGGAUUAUCUUGGCUGUCCGUUUAAGGUGAAGCUCUCUGUGUGUUGUGAUAUGGCAUACCUGGUUCACACGGCUCACCCUCAGUUCGUCAGCCUGUGGUUGAGCGCCGUGGGUUGGGUCCUUACCGCGGUGACCCUUGGCCUCAUCCAGUGGAGGGUCUGGCAGGUGGCCGACUUGACCUUCAUCACCUCAGGAGAGGCCUGGGUCGGAAUCUGGAGGGUGUGUUUCUAUAGCCAUACCCUCGUGACCUCGGGAUUCAGGGUCAUGUAUUGUCAGAAUAUGGCGCUGUCGGACGCCUUCACGCCCCUGGAGGUCGCCACGGCCCAGGUGCUCACUCUAGUAGGGUUGGUCGUGGGGUUCUGUGGGAACGCUGCCGCUGUCUACGCCCUCAGGAACGUCUAUUUUGGCCUGGAGAAGCAGACGCCUAUCCGCUGUGCGUUCGCAGUGGCUGGUACUCUGUGCUUGUUGUCCGCUGUGUGUUUUCUCAUACCUCUCCUGUGGAACCUGAACUCGGUGGUGACCAAUCAAACGAUCGCGUUCCCGUCGAACUUCCACAUGCCCCCUGCACCUGUGACCCAGAACGCUGGGGCAGGGAUCGGGGUCGGGAUCGUAGGGUCGUUCAUGAUGAUCGUCAGUGGAGUUAUCUUCAUCUUCUACAGGUUCCCUGUCAAGGUAGGACCCAGAGUGGAGCCGCCUCGUCCAAAGGCGAGACACUUUGAUGGGUCAAGUGUUGGGACAUUAUCCCUACCGUGUCCCACAGACCCAGGAGACAGUCUGAUUAACUCUCAGGCCAUGGACAAUCCUGCCUUCCGCUCUGAUGAGCACUUGUGAUUGUAGUUUGUUUCUGAAAUCAGACAUAUGAUUUGACCAUAUUCAAUGUUGUAUUUGAUGUGACAUAAAGGAAUAGCCGUUUGAUGCAACUAUGUGUUUCGUAUGAGAAUCCCCCCC